AUGUCUGUGAGCGAGAUCUUCAUCGAGCUGCAAGGAUUCCUGGCUGCUGAGCAGGACAUUCGAGAGGAAAUCCGGAAAGUUGUACAGAGUUUAGAGCAGACAGCCCGAGAAAUUUUAACUUUGCUUCAAGGGGUUCAUCAAGGUUCUGGAUUUCAGGACAUUCCAAAGAAAUGUCUGAAAGCUCGAGAACAUUUUGACACAGUAAAAACACAGCUAACAUCUCUGAAGACCAAGUUCCCUGCUGAACAGUAUUACAGAUUUCAUGAACAUUGGCGGUUUGUAUUGCAGCGCUUGGUCUUCCUGGCAGCAUUUGUUGUGUAUUUGGAAACAGAAACACUUGUGCCUCGAGAAGCAGUUACAGAAAUACUUGGCAUUGAACCAGAUCGAGAAAGAGGAUUUCAUUUGGACAUUGAAGACUAUCUCUCUGGUGUGUUAAUUCUUGCUAGUGAACUGUCUCGCCUGUCAGUUAACAGUGUCACUGCUGGGGACUAUGCCCGUCCUCUUCAUAUCUCUACAUUCAUCAAUGAGCUAGAUUCUGGCUUCCGACUUCUUAACUUAAAAAAUGAUUCACUGAGAAAACGCUAUGAUGGCCUGAAGUAUGAUGUGAAAAAAGUAGAAGAAGUGGUCUACGACUUGCCAAUCCGAGGUUUCAAUAAGGAAGCAGCAGCCGCUUGUACAGAGAAAUAGAUUUUCCUUGUUAUUGGCCUUGUUUACUUCCAGUGGUUGCCAGUAAAGGGGUGGGAACUUUAAUAUCCCUCUCCUGUGGUAGUUUAGAAGCUGCAAAUGCUUAAAAACUUCUCUUUAUUUUCUUACCAGUUGCAUGGUACAGGUAUAAGAAAUGAAACACUUUUUU